AUGGCCGCUGUUCGACAAGGUAACUACCCGCCACAGGGCCGUGGCCCUUCUCAGCCACCAAUCGAAGAGCAUGUUGUUGGGCAAGGUAGGUUAAUAUCGGUUCAUUAAAACAAUAUUUCUUUUUUUCCAAUUUUUAUGGUUACCUUGAUCACCCCUGAACCAAUUGGGGAAAAGUGUAUUUUUUAAUUUUGAUUUUCGCUUUAGUGUCUUCAAAAUAAAGAUAAAAGCGCUUAGCAAACCACUACUUUCACGACUAAUUUCUCCUUCCAGAUGGCGUUCUUAAGGUUGCAGCGGUGACCCCAAGCGGAACCACCCCAGGAAAUGACAGAAGAACAAGAAAUGGAAAGUUUACUUUGGCCCAGCUCAGACAGACCGAUGGAAUUGUACCCCUCCAGUCCGGUACUAACCAGUUCGAUUCGCAAAGGGUACGGCCAUUCAGGUUUGCUGAUAUCUGACAACAAAUUUUUUUAUAAUUGCAUCGUUUUACUGUAUAAAAAAUGAUGACAAUUAUAAAAUUGUUGUCAGAUAUAUUUUUCCGCUUUUCUCCACACCUCUCUCACUUCUCCCACACUCUCUUUCCUUGUUUUGAACAGUUGAUUAUUUCGGUAAUAGGGAAAAACCGGUUUUGGAAUGCCUCGAAAUACAUCCACGAAGAUUGUAUUCGCAGACGAUGGAAAGAGAUACGCAGUGGAAGAGUUGACUCAGAAGGACAAUCUGAUCCGACUCCAAAGUGGCACCAACAAGUUCGAUUCGCAGAAAGUGGGUGUCUCUUCAGUCCCUCUUCUUCCUGAUCUCACCCAUUACUUCCUUAUAUCCAAUGUAAAAUAUGUAUACAAACACUAUUUAAAUUAAAUAUUUAGGGGAUGACUGGGUUCGGAACCGCUCGAGACGUAAAGGGAAAACAUUUAAAGAGAAUUUGGGAGCUAGAGUUCCCCGAAGAAGAGCUCAACGACCGACCCAUCAAUGCCCAGACCCCUAAUCAAGUACAAUAUCAGAAUGCUCCCCAAUAUCAACAACAACAGCAGCAAUUCAGACCUCCUCAAGGUCAAUUCCAACAACAAGGUUCUACUUCCCCUCAGGGCUAUCAGCAAGGUCCUCUGUCCCCUCCACAAGGACAACAGCGGUUUACUCCGCAGCAAAGUCCUCGGGGUCCACCUCCCCCACAACAAUUCCAACAGCGUCAACCACCCCAUAUUCGGCAGUGA